AUGGCGGCAACCUCUCCUCUACGCCCGUCCACACCAGCCAAACCAAUAUUCAAUCCACCGCAACUUUCUCCAAAUAGAAUGCCUCCAGCCUUUGUACCACCGUCCUCCUUCCAGCCUGGACACAGACACCUAGACGUCUUCUCCCCAGUCGAUCAGAACGGCAGUUUCUGCUUCGACCGUGUGAUCAAAAGUGGGAAAGUCUUCCGGCGGGUCAAGAAUAAAGGAGCCUGGAAACCCUCUUGGAAGCCUGCCUACCUCGUGCUGAGGCCGAAUCUGCUGUCUGUCUAUCAGAACGCUGACGAGACCGACCUGAAGGCAUCCAUAACCUUGUCCGACGUCAAUGCAGUUGCGCCUGUCCGUAAGGCUCGAACUGAAAAUGUUUUUGGUGUCUUCUCGCCCUCUAAAAACUACCACUUCCAAGGCCUAUCAGCAAAAGACACUGCUGAAUGGAUCACCCAGAUUCGUCUAGAGGCAAGAACCGACGAGGAUGAUGGCCUUGAUCUCAGUGCACCCCAGUUCUCACACCGUGAAGCAGAAGCGUUCAAUACAUACGAAUCGACCGAUAUGUCCGCCGACGAGAUACCUAGUGGGCGCAUUUCCAACGACGACUACUCGGCCGUUGUCCAGAACCGUCCCAGGAAAGGGUCGCAAUUAGCUCAGCGUCAGAAUGCUCCAUCCACCCUCAACGAAUACUCCGGAAACGAACAAUUCACCACGUCAAUGUCAGAUUUCUCUGACGCCCUCGGUAGCUCUCUGCCAAAGAACUCUGCAUCAUCACUUCACAAACAUCCAGCUUUGACACCUAUAGUGUCAUCGCAACAACUGGCAUCUUCUUCGAAAACAAAGCUGCCUCCUCCCGCCGGUGCUCUCUCCUCCUCGGCUGAUGCUGCCAUGGACCCUGAACGGGUGAUUCGUCAUGGAUAUCUUCAGAUUCUCAAGUCUCACAAGACGGGAGUCAAAGGAUGGAAGUGGCUGUGGGUAGUGCUCCGAGCCAAAAGCCUGGCUUUUUACAAGAACGACCAAGAAUAUUCGGCGGUCAAACUCCUUCGUAUAGGUUCCAUCAUCAAUGCUGCCGAGAUCGACCCUGUCAGCAAGUCCAAGAAGUUCUGUUUCCAGAUCAUCCUGGACGACAAGACUUAUAGAUUCUGUGCUAGCGACGAGGACGACUUGGAAAAGUGGCUUGGGGCUUUGAAGAGCGCCCUGAGCAAACGGCACGACGCCGAGCGAGCCCUCACCAAAGGCAAAGGCAAAAUGGCACUGGAAACUGCCAUCAGUAUCCCUAUGCGGUAG